AUGUGUAGUACAAUUUACUCCGACAACGGAACCAACUUUGUCGGAGCAAAUCGGCAGCUUCAAGAGCUUCGUGAUUUAUUUUUAUCAAAACAGCACAUGGAUCUUGUGCAAGAAACAGUUGCGGAAGUUGGAGUGAAAUGGCAGUUUAUUCCUCCUAGAGCUCCUCACUUCGGCGGGCUCUGGGAAGCUGCCGUAAAAUCGAUUAAAUUUCACUUAACGAGGCAUUUGGGAAAUGCUCAUUUAACUUAUGAAGAAAUGAACACCGUGUUAGUUCGCAUAGAAGCAUGUCUAAAUUCACGUCCCUUAACUCCCAUGUCCCCUGAUCCUACCAAAUUAAAUUCUGAACACAUAACAUUGUAA